CUGAUGCAGUUGCUGUACCAGCACAGUUAGUUAGGGGGCGACAAUCUUCGAAUCCUGUUUCCCGUUAGCUCAUCAAGCUGCAAUAUUCAAGUCUUGACAUUGCGAAGAUGGGCGCUGUUAUGGUCUAGUCCAGAUUACAUAGCACAAACAACUACGAGUUUCAGAGCUCUGUUAUGACAACAUUUCCAGUCCGUUCAGGUGGAGGCAGGAUAUGUGAGUAGAGUGCAGUAGACAUCAACAGCAUGUAUUCUGAUUGGCGCUCGCUGCAGUUGGUGGUGCAGAGUGACCAGGGCCACCUCAGUGUUCUGCACACCUAUCCCACUAGCGUGGGCACGGAGGUGGCAAAUGCUGUGGUCAAGCCUUUGGGCACAGCUGUAAGCCCUGUCGCCACAGAGAACAUCCUCAAGACAGACAAGGAGGUGAAGUGGACCAUGGAGGUGCUGUGUUAUGGCCUCACCCUCCCCCUUGAGGGGGACACUGUCAAGCUGUGUGUGGAUGUGUACACAGACUGGAUGAUGGCCCUGGUGUCGCCCAGGGACUCGAUGCCUCAGCCUGUGGUCAAGGAGCCCAAUAUGUACGUCCAAACCAUCCUCAAACAUCUGUACAACGUCUUUGUACCAAGGCCUGACCACCACAGUCUGAACCACAUCAGGCUUUGCCAGCAGGUUCUGACUGCAGUCCAGAAAUUGGCACGAGAGUCUGUUUCCAUGGUGAGGGAAACCUGGGAGGUGCUGUUGCUCUUUCUGCUUCGCAUCAACGACACAUUACUUGCCGCGCCCACAGUUGGAGUUGGGGUGGCAGAGAAACUUGCAGAGAAAUUGAUGGCAGUGCUGUUUGAGGUGUGGCUACUGGCAUGUGCCCGCUGCUUUCCCACGCCACCAUAUUGGAAGACAGCAAGGGAGAUGCUGGCUAACUGGAGACACCACCCUCCUGUUGUAGAACAGUGGAGCAGAGUGGCCUGUGCCCUGACCUCCAGGCUCUUGCGUUUUACCCACGGACCAUCUUUCCCACCUUUUAAAGUUCCUGAUGAAGAUGCCAGCCUGAUUCCAUUAGAGAUGGACAAUGACUGUGUGGCACAGACGUGGUACCGCUUUCUCCACAUGCUUAGCAACCCAGUGGACCUGAGCAACCCUGCGAUAGUGAGCACCACUCCAAAGUUUCAGGAACAGUUUCUUAACUCCAGCACCAUCCCUCAUGAAGUGGUGCUGCAUCCAUGUUUGAAACAGCUACCCCAAAUCUUCUUCAGGGCCAUGCGGGGCAUCAGCUGCUUAGUGGAUGCCUUCUUAGGUAUAUCACGUCCCAGAGCUGACAGUGCCCCGCCCACCCCAGUCAACAGAAUGAGCAUGUCUCCGCCCCCCUCCAUCACCAACACCACCCCCCCUCACAGCCGCAAGCAACGGCAUACAGUGGUCACCAAAACCACAAGCAAGAGUUCAACUAGCAGUGGUAGUCAACCAACCAAAGCAUCCCAGCAGCAGCAGCAGCAGCAGCAGCAAAAUUCCUCCUCCCCGACCCUGCUUUCCAGCCCCAACCAGAGCAGUUGGGAGAGUCGGCCCUUGCCGGCCCCAGCGCGGCCAAAGGUCAACAGCAUCCUCAAUCUGUUCGGCCAGUGGCUGUUCGACGCUGCACUGGUCCAUUGUAAGCUCCACAGCGGCCUCAGCCGAGACCCCAGCAUGACCGCGAUAGCCACUCAAGUAGGUCUGGAGCUGAGGAGGAAGGGAUCCCAAAUGUCCACUGACUCCAUGGUGUCCAACCCCAUGUUUGACGCCAACGAGUUCCCAGAGAGUUACGAGGCAGGACGAGCUGAGGCCUGCGGGACUCUCUGCCGCAUCUACUGUAGCAAGAAAACUGGAGAAGACAUUCUGCCUGUUUACCUGUCCAGGUUCUACAUGGUCCUGAUUCAGGGUCUCCAGAUCUCUGAUUUUAUCUGCAGACCAGUUCUGGCUUCUAUCAUUCUCAACUCUUCAUCUCUCUUCUGUACUGACUUAAAGGGAAUCAAUGUGGUGGUGCCCUACUUCAUAGCUGCCCUGGAGACUAUUGUACCAGACAGGGAGCUGUCCAAAUUCAAGAUGUAUGUUAAUCCUACCGACCUGAGGAGAGCCUCUAUAAACAUCCUGCUUGCCAUGCUGUCAUUGCCGCAUCAUUUUGGCAACAUCAAAUCAGAGGUUCUGUUGGAAGGAAAGUUCAAUGAGGAGGAUGGGUGGCCUCAUGACCAGCCUGUGUCUUUCCUGUCCCUGAGGCUACGUCUCGUCAACGUCCUCAUAGGAGCACUUCAGACUGAGACUGACACCACCAACACGCAGCUCAUCCUGGGUGCAAUGCUAAAUAUUGUUCAAGACUCGGCACUGUUGGAGUCCAUAGGUGCACAGACUGAAACAGGAAGUGUAGAUGGGAGCCACAUGACUGUGAGAAGUCAGAGUCACAGCCGUACUAACAGUGGCAUUAGUUUCACCAGCGGGGGAAGCACAGAGGCCACCAGCCCAGACUCUGAGCGUCCUGCCCAGGCCCUGCUUCGAGACUACGCUCUUCCAGAUACGGCGGCAGGCCUGCUGGUGCGCAGCAUUCACCUGGUCACUCAGAGACUCAACUCCCAGUGGAGGCAAGACAUGAGCAUUUCACUGGCUGCCUUGGAGCUGCUGGCUGGGCUUGCCAAGGUAAAGGUAAAGGUGGGAGUGGACUCUUCAGACCGUAAACGUGCUGUCAGCUCUAUAUGUGGGUACAUCGUGUACCAGUGUAGCCGUCCUGCUCCUCUUCAGUCCCGAGACCUCCACUCCAUGAUUGUAGCUGCCUUCCAGUUUCUCUGUGUGUGGCUCACAGAACACCCUGACAUGCUGGAUGAGAAGGAUUGUUUGGUAGAGGUGUUGGAGAUUGUGGAGCUGGGAAUCUCUGGCAGCAAGUCCCGACAGGAACAGGAAGUCCGACAUAAAGGGGAGAAGGAGCACAACCCAGCUUCGAUGAGGGUUAAGGACGCUGCUGAGGCGACUUUGUCCUGUAUCAUGCAGGUGUUGGGGGCCUUCCCUUCCCCCAGCGGGCCUGCCUCCACCUGCAGCCUGCUGAACGAAGACACCUUGAUCCGGUUUGCCAGACUCAGUGCCACAGGAGCCAGCAACUUCCGCUACUUUGUCCUGGACAACUCGGUCAUCCUCGCCAUGCUGGAGCAACCUCUCGGCAACGAGCAGAACCCUAGUCCAUCAGUGACAGUUUUGAUCCGAGGGACGGCUGGCAGACAUGCCUGGACCAUGCAGCUUUUCCACCAGCCCAGAGGAGCUUGGGCCAAUCAGAGGCAGGUGUUUGUUCCCGAGGGCCGUCCAACACCCAACAACGGUGUGGGUAUCAAGUACAACGUCAAGCAGAGGCCCUUCCCUGAAGAGGUGGAUAAGAUACCUCUUGUCAAAGCUGAUGUCAGUAUUCCUGACUUGGAUGACAUUGUCAGUAAAGAGGUGUGUUGUAUGGGCUGGCAGGAUGAUACGAGAGCUACAAAUGCACCGAUGAGUAAUUACCCCUACCUGGAACUUCAGCAUGACAAGCUUCGUAUUCUGAUGACCAAGCAGAUAGAGUAUGAGAACGCCUUGGAGCGGCACAGUGAGGAAAUCUGGAAGUCCAAGCUUUACCCUGACCCACAGACCGACUGCAAACCCCCUCCACCCGCGCAGGAGUUCCAGACAGCACGCCUCUUCCUCUCCCACUUUGGCUUUCUGUCUCUGGAGGCGCUCAAGGAGCCCAACAACAGCCGUCUACCUCCUCACCUGAUUGCUCUGGAGUCAUCCUUGCCAGGGUUUUUUGAUGACAUGAGCUACCUGGACCUGCUUCCCUGCCGACCGUUUGACACAGUCUUUAUUUUCUAUGUGAGGGCUGGACAGAAAAGCAGCCCUGAGAUCCUGAGGAAUGUGGAGUCAUCAUCCAGUGUCCAGCCCCACUUCUUGGAGUUCCUGCUGUCCUUGGGCUGGCCUGUGGAAGUGGGACGCCACCCAGGGUGGACGGGACACCUGGAUACCAGCUGGUCCCUCAACUCCUGCUCCGACAGCAAUGAUAUACAACAAACAGAGGACGCAGCUACUCCUGAGGACACAGGAGGUUCAGUGUUCAACGGGGAGAAGAAAGUUUUAUACUACGCCGAUGCUCUAACAGAGAUUGCCUUUGUUGUUCCAUCUUUAACAGAAAAUUCUGAGGAGUCAUCAGUGCACAGUGACUCCACAGUGGAGGCCGACACUAACACAGACGUCAUGCCUAGUGUACACAAACAACCCAAUCUCACACUGGAGCUGUUCCCCAACCAUUCUGAAAACCUGGAGUCUGCCAAAAAGCUGAGUCCUUUGGUAAAGACGAAGAGAUCAUCGACUGGAAAGUCUUUCCCACCGCUGGGUCCUGAGACAAAGGUGUUUGUGGUCUGGGUGGAGCGCUUUGAUGAUAUCGAGAACUUCCCAUUGUCUGAUCUCUUGGCGGAAACCAGCACGGGCUUGGAAGCUAGCAUGAGCAACAGCACUUCCUGCAGGUCAGGGUUACUAGAAAAGGACGUUCCUCUGAUCUUCAUACACCCUCUGAAGACGGGACUCUUCAGGAUCCGGCUGCACGGAGCUGUGGGUAAAUUUGGCAUGGUGAAUCCCCUGGUGGACGGCAUGGUGGUCAGCCGCAGAGCACUAGGGUUUCUUGUGCGCCAAACGGUCAUCAACGUGUGCCGACGGAAGCGUCUGGAAAGUGACUUGUACAACCCGCCUCACGUGAGGCGGAAGCAGAAAAUAACUGAGAUUGUUCAGCGUUACCGCAACAAGCAACUGGAGCCUGAGUUUUACACCUCGCUGUUCCACGAGGUGGGGGAGGGAAAGCUUCACCUCUAACCCCCCCCCCCUGCCCUGUCCUAACACUGACUCCCAAGCGCACACGACAACACACACACACACACACACACACACACACACACACACACACACACACACACACACACACACACACACACACGCUCUUGUCCUAUACUCCUACACCAUUUACAACUUUGCGUACACACACACACACACACACACACAGAAUCUUUAUAUUUAUACCGUACUGUUUUGUUAUUUAUAUGAAUACAUAUAUCAACACUGUCUGCCUUUGACUCUGAGAGCAAAGUGUCAAAAACCAUGCCAAGGUGGAAAAAGCUGCAUUUCUGUGUGGCAGCCACUCAUUGAAGGUUUGAAUGGCUAUAGUUCAACAGUGACUGUGUCUCCUCAUUUAGGUUCAUGCUUUGUGGCAAAAGAGUUUCUGCUUGUCAUUAACUGCAAUACAAUAGUUACACUGUUGGCCUUUCUGAAAUUGUAAAAAGUUUGUCCUUUAAAUCCUGUGAUAUAAUUGAAUUUAAUGAUAGUUUGGUAAUACAGAGGUGGAUUUUUGCCAAGGAGAUAAACAUGUAAGCGUUCAAAAAAAAGGCAAGGCAAGUGGCUUCAACAGAACAAAGAAAUGAUUGACGACAUUAAUCCAUGAUCUAAUUUUACAACUAAUUGUCAUCUCAGUGCAGAUACCUACUAAAGUCUUCCUCGUGCGAACACACAUUCGGCCAUCACAGCAGCUGACUGAGCACACAGAUAUCGCUGUUUAUAUAUUUUUUAUUUUCCAGAUGAUUUUUUUUGGGACUCCUGUGUUGUAUUACUGUAUGUGGAUGUCAUUUUUGACACAUGCACUGUCUCUGUGCCAGUCUGAAAGUCAUCCUAUCUCAACACAGCCACUGCACUGUUUGUGUACGUACGCGUGUGUGUGUCUGUGUGCACGUGUGUACACGUACGUGGCCACAUGUAUGUUUGUUCAGCCAGUCAAAUCAUUUACACUACAAGGAGUCAAUAGUGACCCCUAAAAAUUUAAAGAAUGAUAAAUAUUCCCGGUCAAGACAUAACCCUAGAACUAGUUUACUCCUAAUGCUUGGUUUAAGUUUACUGAUGAGGGUAGUUGGAGAGCUCCCAGAGUUUGCAUUUGAUGUUUGCAGGGCUAAUAUGAAAUGAUCACAAAGACAUUUUUAGGUUUGAAGUAUCUGCCUAUACCAAACCGAACUAUAGCACAGUUGAAGUGUCUUGCUCCUCCAAACAAAUCUAUGGUGAUGUAUUCAAAGGCCAAAUCACUCAAUGUAGCUAACAGCAUUAUAUACAGCUUGAAUUUUGGCUGGUCUGAGCUAUAAUAUUUUUUUAUUUUAAACCCAAAAAGAAAAUCUUUAACUUGUCAGAUAUAUUCGGUUUGGAUAACAAAUGUGCAGCUUUGCCUUCACACGUUUUAGUAAAUUUUUUUUUUUUUGCUUCACUUUAUUUUCUCACUUCUGUUUACUCAAACUGUACUUUGGUUUUUAGAUUCAAGCCCUCUCACUGUCUGCCUGUAACAAUGUGAAUUUAUUUAUCACAGAGAUUGAACAGGGCAAACACCUCUAGUUUCUUUGUUGUAUUGGAAAGUCUUAAUGCACUGAGCACAUUUUAUGUUUAUUUUCUAUUCCCUUUGGUUACCUUACAUGUCCUUUUGUACUUUUGUGCAUUUUGAAAGAAAACCCUGCUGAAGGAAGUUUUAUCUUGUGAAAUAUGAAUGAAGAAGAGGCGUCAUGGAGUUUUUAACCUAUCAUGUCUAAUUGUGUGACUCACUUUUUAUGACGGUGCUUUAUGCACAUGCCUUUAUUUGGAAGGAAAAAACUACAUUAAAUAUGCUUCAGAGAAACUACAUACAAUCAGUCAUACAUUGUAUCCUAUGUUACUCCUCUGAUGUUUGAUCAUAUUUAAAGAUUUGCCAUGUACAGAAGCAGAGGAUAAUAUGUAAAUAUAUGAUAGUGUAAGGCAUUUACAAGUUGUCUGUUGCAUUCCACAUCUGAGAUGGCGAGAAAAAGUUAUGUAUGCAAUUAUGUGUGGGAGCAUCAUGGGUAUUGAAUGUAACAUGCAUCAAUUAAAACUAUUAUUGACAUUUUAA